AUGCUUCGCUGUCUGCUUAACGCAUCCAUUAGACCUCACCAAAGUAAGACUGAUCUCACAACAGAGAUAUCUGUCAUUGACCAACCCUGUGGCUUCGUAGUGCUUUAUGGAAGCAGUCGAUUCGCGAUAUAUGAGACCGUCAAGAGCGAAUAUACGCAAAGAACUCGACAAGAGGCACCAAUGUCUGUAAUGGUAUCUGCCGCAGCUUUGGCCGGUUUCGUUGGUGGUGUUGUUGGUAAUCCAGCAGAUCUAGCAAACGUCCGUAUGCAAAGCGACAGUGCUAUUCCUCUGCGGGCUCGCAGAAAUUACAAGAAUGUAAUUGACGCCUUUGUGCGGUUUGGGCGGGAGGAAGGGUGGCGCGGAUAUACCAGAGGAAUCUGGACGAAUUCUUCAAGAGCCUCAAUUAUAAGCGUUUGUCAGCUGGCGUCGUAUGAUGCAUUCAAGAACUUGCUAAUUGAGAGGGAGAAGUUCGAGGAUAGCUUGGGGAUGCAUUUCGCUGCCUCUGUUUUUGCAGGACUUGUAGCAACGACCAUUUGCAGCCCAGUUGAUGUGAUUAAGAGUCGAAUCAUGUCCCUUGCUGGAAGUGCAUCUAUAUUUGAAGUUGCAAGAGGUCUCUGGCAUACAGAGGGACUCCGAUGGAUGUUCAAGGGGUGGACCCCUAGUUUCAUUCGAACGGGGCCUCAUACCAUUGCUACAUUUAUCUUUCUUGAGCAGCAUAAGAAGAUAUAUAGACAACUAAAAACCCCAAAGCAAGAAUUAGCAAUGAUUUAA